AUUUCAACAAUCGGCACAACAACAGUUCAAACAACAACUUCACCAAACUCUUUAGUCAUGAAUCCAACAUCUAUGUUAGUAGAGAUGAAAAGCUUCAUUCCUUCUUCAUAUACUUUCGAAACAGAAAUCCAGAAGAUAAAGCAAGAACUUUUAACAUCUAAUUUAAACUGUAGUGCGAAAGAUGAAACAAAUGAACAGUAUCUUUAUGAAAUGCAGGACCUCAUCGACCAUUUACCCAAAUUGCCUGAAAUUCAGCAACAAAAACUAACCAUUCCUGAAUUCGACGAAAUAGAAGUCAAAGCAACUGACUCAGUAGAAAUAAAGAA